AACCCUCAGCCUCCCGGUCACUGUCAGCCUGCCCGCGUGCGGAGCGGUCCCCUGAGGAGAGGCGCCGGCGUCCGGAGCUGGGGACGGGCUGACAGCUCGGGCCCGCACAGUGGCGAGGUAGUUCCAAAGAACUGCUGGUUCAGAUUUUAGCUUUUGCCAAGUGAAAAUAGUGAAGGAAGGAUGCUUAGACUACUUAACAUUCAAAUUGUUCUCUGGUUUAUCAUCUUUAGAAGAUUGGAUAUCUGGAUAUCUACUCUACUCCAUCUCUUGUGACUUUUAAACAUGAUAAUGCAAAACCAUAACACUGGCAGUCAUCUAUGAACCUUUAAUUACAUUGGUAGUAGCAUUUGAAGCUUCCUCAGGGAAUUAACAAUGACAUCAGCUGUGGUUGACAGAGGAGGUUCUGUUGUGGAGCUUUCCAGCAAUGGAGUAGAAAAUCACGAGGAAAGUGAAAAGGUUUCUGAAUACCCAGCAGUGAUUGUGGAGCCAGUUCCAAGUGCCAGAUUAGAGCAGGGCUAUGCAGCCCAGGUUCUGGUUUAUGAUGAUGAGACUUAUAUGAUGCAAGAUGUGGCAGAAGAACAAGAAGUUGAGACCGAGAAUGUGGAAACAGUGGAAGCAUCAGUUCAUAGCAGCAAUGCACACUGUACAGAUAAGACAAUUGAAGCUGCUGAAGCCCUGCUUCAUAUGGAAUCUCCUACCUGCUUGAGAGAUUCAAGAAGUCCUGUGGAAGUGUUUGUCCCUCCUUGUGUAUCAACUCCAGAAUUUAUCCAUGCUGCUAUGAGACCCGAUGUCAUUACAGAAACUGUAGUGGAGGUGUCGACUGAAGAUUCUGAACCGAUGGAUACCUCUCCUAUUCCUACAUCACCAGAUAGCCAUGAACCAAUGAAAAAGAAAAAAGUUGGCCGUAAACCCAAGACCCAGCAAUCACCAAUUUCAAAUGGGUCUCCUGAGUUAGGCAUCAAGAAAAAACCCAGAGAAGGAAAAGGAAACACAACCUAUUUGUGGGAGUUUCUUUUAGAUCUACUUCAAGAUAAAAAUACUUGUCCCCGGUAUAUUAAGUGGACUCAGAGAGAAAAAGGCAUAUUCAAGCUUGUGGAUUCAAAGGCUGUCUCUAAGCUUUGGGGAAAGCAUAAGAACAAGCCAGACAUGAACUAUGAGACUAUGGGACGAGCUUUGAGAUACUACUACCAAAGGGGAAUUCUUGCAAAGGUGGAAGGACAGAGGCUUGUGUAUCAGUUCAAGGAUAUGCCCAAAAACAUAGUGGUCAUAGAUGAUGACAAAAGUGAGACCUGUAAUGAAGAUUUAGCAGCAGCUGCUGAUGAAAAAUCAUUGGAACGAGUGUCGCUGUCUGCAGAAAGUCUCCUGAAAGCAGCAACUUCUGUUCGUGGCGGGAAAAACUCAUCUCCUAUCAACUGCUCCAGAGCAGAGAAGGGUGUAGCUAGAGUUGUGAAUAUCACUUCCCCGGGCCACGAUGCUUCAUCUCGGUCUCCUACUACCACCACGUCUGUAUCUGCAGCGGCGGCUCCAAGGACAGUUCGUGUGGCAAUGCAAGUACCUGUUGUAAUGACAUCAUUGGGUCAGAAAAUUUCAACUGUGGCCGUUCAGUCAGUCAACGCAGGUGCACCGUUAAUCACCAGCACUAGUCCACCGACAGCAACCUCUCCAAAGGUAGUCAUUCAGACAAUCCCUACUGUGAUGCCAGCCUCUACUGAGAAUGGAGACAAGAUCACCAUGCAGCCUGCCAAAAUCAUCACCAUCCCAGCUACACAGCUUGCACAGUGUCAACUACAGACAAAGUCAAAUCUGACUGGGUCAGGAAGCAUUAACAUUGUUGGAACCCCACUUGCUGUCAGAGCACUUACCCCUGUUUCAAUAGCCCAUGGUACACCUGUAAUGAGACUAUCAGUGCCUACUCAACAGGCAUCUGGCCAGACUCCUCCUCGAGUUAUCAGUGCAGUAAUAAAAGGGCCAGAGGUUAAAUCAGAAGCAGUGGCAAAAAAGCAAGACCAUGAUGUGAAAACUUUGCAGCUGGUAGAAGAAAAACCAGCAGAUGGAAAUAAGACAGUGACCCACGUAGUGGUUGUCAGUGCGCCUUCAGCCAUUGCCCUUCCUGUAACUAUGAAAACAGAAGGUCUAGUGACAUGUGAGAAAUGAAAUAGCAGCUGUACCAUGGACUUAGACUGUUAAUGGUAGUACUGAUGAUAAACAUUUGCAAAGGAAGUCAUCAAGAGAAGUCCAAGGAAGACUUUAAAGCAUUUGUAUUGCAUAUAAGAAAACAAUCAGACUUACUGGAAAUAUAUUACCUAUCCCAUGUUUCAGUGGGAGAUGAGCUACAUGUUGAGAUGCUGACAGAAAACUGCCUCUUACAGUAGGAAACAACUGAACCCAUCAAUGAGAAAAAGGAUUGAAAGGGACCAAGCAGCUCACUACAAUAUCAAGUUACACUAAGACUUGGAACACUAACUUUCUGUAAGAGGUUAUAUAGUUUUCAGUGGGGAGGGGUUGGGAUGGGUGAUCUCAUUGUUACAUAUAGCAAUUUUUGAUGCAUUUUAUAUGCAUACCAGCAAUUAUUACUGUGUUCGCACAGUACUCACUUAACUGGUGCUAUGUGAAGACUCUGCUAAUAUAGGUAUUUUAGAAUGUGAAUUGAAGAAUGGAUCCAAAAGCUUCAGAAAGAGGAUAGCAAAAAAAGAUCUAGUGCGAAUUUUUUUUUAUAUAUAUAUAUCAUAUAGCUUAAGCUGAUUUAAAACAAAGGCCUUAGACUAAUUUUCGGUUUUCUUUCUUGAAAUAAGCUAAUGGCUUGUUUGUGUAAAGCUUUUUUAUUAAAAGAAAAAUUUUAAAAAUC